CUCAGGUGUCAGCAGUAGCUUGUAGAGAAGACAUCCACCCGCUCACGACUAUGGUCAGAAAUAUGGAACGACGACAAUUAUUUUAGACGAGUUUUUUUUUUGUGGCAAGGCUGAUCCAUAUGGAGGAACUAUAAUUAAUUGUCAAUUGCGUGGUUAACAUUAUUUAUUCGAAGAAUUCUAGCUAAAAAGGAGUGUUUGUUCUAUCUUUACAAGGCUUGGCAUUAAACAACUUUUUCGAUACGAGGGAGGGAGGGAAACGAUCAGUCGUGAACCGGUCCCUUUACGUGCUGUUUCGGUGUGGGCUAUAGAAUAGGCUACCAACUGGAUUUUUUUUUGCUGCAAACAGAUGUUUACGAACCCACACUGCUGAGCGGUGUCCUGGGCUAGUUCACAGAAACCUUUCUUUGAUUAGCAUAUUCAUUUUUAAAGCCUCACCAACGUAAAAGCUAGUGUUAACUAAUUAGGAAAAUAACAAUCACUUUUAUUGUCCACAAUAUUGGUUAUUUGUCCAGCGGAAAAUAAUAAACAGCUGCAGGUUAAAUCGCAUAGGUCUAUUCAUUUAAUUAUAAGGGCAUACGUAUAGGCUACGGCUUGAAACUCAAACCAGUGUCAGAUUGUCAUCUAAUGCUUUGCACACUGUAGACUAAUAAUGUUGCUAUCGGGUGUGGGAUCACCUGCGCUAUUGGCACCGUUCCAAGGAUAAAUCAGAGUUUUCCGAUGUUCAGCUUGGGAAUUAUAACAUAAGGGUAUUGUAAUCGAAAUGUCAAAAGAGACAUUGCACCGACAGGCUAAUUGAGACAUUGAACCUGAACGUCUUGGCUACUUGGCAGAGAGUAUGAGUUUUGCCUUGUCUUCCGAAAGAGAUUUGUCCUGGACAAAAAGAAGUGGAAUGCGCGCCUAUCAGAAGAGUAACAUGGAAUACAACUGCACAAGAUAGGCUAUAGCCUUAAGUUUGGAACUCUUUGGACAGCAGUAGGUUACUUUAGGCUACAAGUUAUCGGCCUACGAUUGAAUUAAAUAAUUCGCAGGUGAGAUGGUUACAGUAUUUCCAAAACGUGCUCACAAACCUCUCUUAAAAUAUGGAUAGUCUUGAGCUUGAAUUCUUGAACGUUCACCUGGACUGGUCUAACUCGUGGAAGCCCAUUGACUUCGAGCUGAAACUUUUUAGAUAAUGAUGGAUGUUUAAAAUUUAACCUGACAUCGAGAACAACAUUAUCUGUACACAUUUGACAAGGACCCACUAUGUCAACCUUAUUAACCAGGUUGUCUCUCUGCCAGGCCCUGACCUUCAUCUGCCUGCUGUUCUCACCUGUCUGUCUGUCUUCCCAGCCCAGCACUUCCUGGGUGUCAGCGUGGGGUCCUUCGGAGGGAAGUCCAGCACGUGCCCGGCGUCAGCUUCACUACAGGAACGAAUGGGCCUUGUGGAGCGGCUGGUCCGUGUGCUCGCGGUCAUGUGGAGGGGGGGCUUCCGUGCGCACCCGCACCUGCAUCACAAGGAACCUAGCUGGAGGGCCAUGCUCAGGAGACCCAAGACAGUACAAGAUCUGCAACACUAAGGAGUGCGCUCUUGGCUCGGAGGACUUCCGGGAGAUGCAGUGUUCUGCCUACAACGACAGACCGCUGGUAGGCGGAAAUUACUACAGAUGGACCCCCUUUCCUGGGUCUAACCCAUGUGAGUUGAGCUGUCUGGCGCUGGGCCACAAAUUCUAUUACAACUUUGGUCGCGUCCUGGAUGGCACCGCCUGUGGUACAGAACCAAGAGGUGUUUGUGUCAAUGGGAAAUGCUUGACACCCGGGUGUGACCUGAUCCUGGACUCUCAGAAAAAGGAGGAUGCCUGUAUGGUGUGUGGAGGUCAGAACACCACCUGUCUGCACCACAGGAGUGUGUACCAGAAUUCACAAGGAGCAGAGGGUAUGUUCGAGUACAAUGAAGUGGCAAUGAUCCCAGCCGGUGCUACUCACAUCCGUGUCACCGAUAACAGCAGGAACUAUCUGGCUCUCCAGAAUGGACGUUCUCAAUUUGUCAUCAAUGGGAACUUGAAGAUCAGUGUUCCUGGAGAGUACAGCAUAGCAGGUACCAAGCUCUUGUACAAACGGUCUGCAGACACCUGGGAAAGCUUUGAGGUCACUGGACCAACCAAGGAGGAUCUGCAUGUCAUGGUGUUGGCCACAGACAGAAACUCUGGGAUAGAGUAUGAGUAUUGGCUCCCACUGGAACGCUACUCCCUGUACCAUGGAAAGAGUCCGCUACGUCACAAUCAGCAUUCCUCUGGCUACCUCCCGUGGGAUCCCCCCACCACCACCACCACCACCACCACCACCAGGCCUCCCACUGUCAGCACACAGCCAUACUGGGGUGGAUGGCCUGUCAAGCCCCCUCGCAACCCAGCUUACCCACUGCCUCAUAAGCCUCAACGCCCACCUAUCCUGCCCCGCCUGGAGAGGGAUGAGACCAGAGGAAACCGACUCCCCCAGCCCCCCCGAGGAGGGCAUUGUGGGAAAUGUAGGCGUGCACGGGGUCGAGGGGAGCGCCAGAGGCAGUAUUGCAAGAAAGACUUUGUGUUUCGGGCCAAGGUCAUGGGCAAGCUGUACCGAGGCGAGGAGACGCGCUAUGAUGUCCAGAUCAUUCACACCUACCGCAACCGCUUUCGCCUGGAGCACCGCGAGUUCCUGUGGGUUCCCAACGUGUGUGACUGCCCCCCCCUGGAGGAGGGGCGCCAGUAUGUGCUGAUGGUGCGCCGCCACAUUAACUACGAGCAGACGUUGAACCGGAUACUACUGGAGGAGGACAGCUACGCCGUGCCCUAUAAACCCAGAGAGGAUGCUCUUUUGCGCCCCCUGGAGGAUCUGUGUAGUAACAGGGGGCCGAGGCAACCUGCUGAACUGAGGGGCAGCUAUUCUUAAGAGACAGACGUGUAGAUACAUGCAGGCCAGUGGGAAGUGGGGAGGACGGUGAGCCCCUCCUCAUUACCGCUUUCAUCACAUGACACUGAUGCACACAUACACUUUCACUUUGAAGACUCAUAAACACGCCUCUUGACCUGGAGCCUUUUAGCGGCCAAUCGGACAAAACCGGCACUGCAUGUGUGUGUGUGUGUGUGUGUGACAUUCCACCUGAAACACCAUAUAACCAACGCAACAACCUUCUGUCUCUGGCCCUUGAAAAGACGCAGAGAACCACUGUUAUUCCAACAUGGCGUAACUAAAAACGGAGUAGGCAAACACCAGUUGAACCCUGUGAGGCGACAAAACUCAGGAGGAUUCAGUGGUUCUUUCCCUCACUGUGGUAACAAAGCAAAACUCUCUCCAAGAGCAGUGUAGAAGCUGACCAGCUCACAAAGUAUAGCACUUUAGGUGGACAUUAUCAUCCACCUUUAAACUUCAGAUACCAAAGAGACAAAAAUAUCCACUCCAGUUGCCAAGUGUUUGUGUUUUGUGUUUCGUUUUGCUAACCAGAUGACUGACGUUUACUGUCUCGAUUACUAGUAGCAGGUCCGUCAGUAUUUGUCAAAAUAAAUGUGUGCCUUUAAUUUUGUUUUCCAUGUCUUUUUACUUCCUUCUUAUACCUAAGAUGUAUGAAAACAGCAGAUCUUUCCAUGUUUUAUUUAUGUGGUAAAAUAAUAACUAAAAAUCAUUACAUUUAUUUUUGUUUGCUUCUAAAUAUAUUGUAUUUUAUAUGAUCUAUUGAUGCAUUUCUCCGUAUUGUUGCAUGUGUUCAUUGUAACGGCUGACUUUAAUAUGCUCUUUUCCUGGUAUGGUGACAUUGUAUUCAGUGGGGAUUGGGUUGUUAUUAUUUUGUUUUAUUACACAGCUCUUGUUCUACCACAACAAUACACACCCACUAGGAAUUGUUAAACUAAACCAGUAUCAGAGCCAGUUAAUGUCAGUGUUACCAUGAAUAUGAAAGAAAUCAGGUUCCCUUUGGGAUUCAUUCAAACCUGUCAUAGCAAUGUUUACUCAGUGACUUUAUUUACAGUAUUUAUGUUGUGACCACGUACAUCCAAAAAAGCAUACUUGUACAGAGGAUUGACCUGGUGGUGGUUGUUGGUUUUUUAUACAAUACCAAAGACCAGGCUGGGAGUUCCUGGUGGUUGUUGGUUUUCUAUACAAUACCAAAGACUAGGCUGGGAGUUCCUGGUGGUGGUUGUUAGUUUUCUAUACAAUACCCAAGACCAGACUGGGAGUUCCUGGUGGUUGUUGGUUUUCUAUACAAUACCAAAGACUA